AUGGUACAAUUGUCUUAUGCUGUGCAGAAAUUCAACAUAAAUCGUGCCCAGAGAGAGGAGGAGGAGGUCGCGCCCUCAAAGCUGGAUACGAACCACCUCGACGGCGCGGAUGCAGGGCCGGGUGAGCCCUCGAACUCCGUCCGUCGCUCCGGGAGGCAACGACGACCGUCCGCCCGGCACCCCCGCCCACAUGCCGCCCCCGCGCCCUCCCUCGUCAGGCCAGCGCCGCCGUCCCCUUCUAGUAACAUCCCGCCCGAAGAGCUGGCGGCGAAGCUCAACUUCGACGAACUUGUGUGCGGCUGCGGCGAGACCCUGGCAUCGCGGACGGACUACGUGGACCAUGUCCUGACGCACGUGGCGGGGGCCUUCCGCUGCCCUCAGUGCCCGUGCGUGUAUACGUGCUCGUCCCGCCUGGCGCGCCACCAGCGCCUCCUGCACUCCCGAGGGGACACGCCCAGCGACGCCCUCCCGCACGGCUCUCCGGCCGCUGCUCCGGCCGACGGCGUCGAAGAGCGGUGCCACCUGUGCGCGGACGCGGUAAGCGGCGGCGACGGGGACCUGCGCAACCACAUGCGGGUGCACCUCUGCGGCGAGCACGAGUGCCCCGUGUGCGCACUCCGGCUCGACACGUCCUACGCCAUGGAGAUGCACGUGCAGCGGAAGCACCCGAGCCUCCUGCACGCCUUCCUCAAGAGCGAGGACUCGCUGAAGGACGAGAGCUCGAAGAGCGAGGAUUCGGGCGGGCUUCCCGUGCGGUGCGACGUGUGCGGCAAGGUCGUGGCCACGCCCUCGCGCCUCGCCCGCCACAGGUACCUGCAGCACCCGGAGCACUACCCGUGGCCGUGCGCCGCGUGCACGCUGGCCUUCCCGUCGCUGCACGCCCGCGACCACCACGUGUGUCCGCACCGGCGGAAGGGCGGCAAGGAGGCGUCCGGCGACGGCAAGAAGAACGAGUGCCUGGUGUGCAACACGGCGUUCAAGUCGCGGGUGAGCCUGGAGUGCCACAUGCGGCGCGCGCACCCGACCGAGGCGGCGGGCCCGCACGCGUGCCCCGUGUGCGGCCGCAGUCUCAGCUCUCGCAAGGCGCUGACGGACCAUCUGCGGUGCCACCGCCGCGAGGGCUUCGCCUGCGAGUUCUGCGGCGCCAGGCUCAAGACCCUCGACUCCCUGAACGUGCACAUCAACGAGAUCCACACGCACGUAGUCCGCCUGCAGUGCCGCCUGUGCUCGCAGGUGUUCUUCUCGUCGGGGCGCCUGUCAUACCACAUGAAGCGCCACCACACGGACCGCCGCUCCUACACCAACCUGUGCCAUCUUUGCGGGAAGGCGUACCCGUAUCCGAGCGAGCUGCGGCUACACCUGCGUGCACACCGCAACGAGCGCCCCUACAGGUGCGACCAGUGCCAGAAGACGUUCCUCAAGCAGGGAGACCUCACCUACCACCGGCGCUCGCACACGGGCGAGCGCCCCCACAAGUGCCCGCACUGCGACGCGCGCUUCCCCAGGCCCAACACCCUCAUGAGCCACAUCCGCCAGCAGCACCGCGACACUGCCGCUAUCGCCGCGCCGACUGCCACCGCCACCACUGCUGUCAACACCGCCGCCACCGCCACGGACGCCGCUCCCUCCGCCAUCGCGCCGGAGGCCGUCGUCACCACCGCCGCCGUGGGGCCCUACGUGAGCAGCCCGCCCUCCACCGUGGCGCCGCCGUCGGUCUCGGCCUACCUGCCCGCGGGCGUGCCUGUGUCUGCGCCGGCCGCCGUGUCCCUGCAGCACCACCGCCCCCCGACCGCGGUGACGGUGAUGGGGGUGGCGGGCGGCGUAGGGCGCGAGGGCGGCGAGGCGACCCUGGUGCCCGUGGUGGAGGGGCAGCUGGUGGAGGCCGUGGUGGAGGGCCAGAUGACGGAGAUGCAACCCGUCCAGUAUGUGCAGGUGGAUGGGCUGUCGGCUGGACAAACCGUGCAGACUGUGCAGGCCGUGCAGGCCGUGCCGCACAUGGUGGAGGGCAUGGAGUACGACGAGGCGGGCAGCGUGCCCUACCAGAUCGUGCAUCUGCAGAUCCUGCAAUAG